AACGCGACCUGCCGCACGCGUUCGUCAGUUGGACGUCGAUCUAUCUCUUCCUGAACUUUCAUUUCCUCGUCCUCUACCUCUCAUGAAGGCCCUCACAAUAUAGACUCAGAAUGUACGAAGCCCAACAAGAGACAGAGUCGACGCUGUGCACUCGACUCCCACCGGUGGACGAGGAAGACGAGGCUGUGUCAGAGUCAGAGGAGUUCUCGGCUGCAGAAUCGGGAGACGAGGGUGUAUACAGAAACGCCGAUAGUGAACAGGCAGACACAUCCUUCGAGAGUUCUCAGUCGGUGGGUGGGUCUUCUAGGGGCAAGGGGAAAGGCGUGGAUCGUGGUGAGGCUCAGACGCCGCCAUUCAGAGCACGAUCCUCGUCGAUGAAAGGGAGGGAGAAGCAUUCCCGCUCAUGGGCAGACCUUGACCCGACCAUGGUUGUCGCCCUCGUCUCACCCAUCGGCAACUGGCUCACCGGGAGUGACCAUGUGAAGAAUCUGCUCCUGCUCCUUCUACUUAUUUUCUAUCUUCAUCAACUUAUCGAAGUACCCUGGAAACUGUACCAAGGUUCUCGUCCGCGGUCCCGCAAGAGCCUGAAGCAGGUCGUCCAGGAUGCACGCGCCGAGUUCGCGUCGUCUGAACUUCGUGUCCGGGAGCUGUUCUUCCUAUCCCUCACCGUCAUUGCUCCCUUCAUCGGUGCUGUCCUUGUCCGUCAUAUCUUCUCUGCCAUGGACGGCGUGGGCAGUCUCUCGUGGUUCAGCGUGACUCUAUUCGUCCUUGCUACUGGCAUUCGCCCGUGGAUGCACGUCGUUUCGCGUCUGCAAGAACGAACAGACGAGCUUCAGCAAGCUAUUCACGCUGAGGAAGAGGAAGAAUACCAUCACGCGAUCACCCAGAAGCUCGACUCCGUCGUGAAUCGCCUCGCAGCGCUCGAACGCGCGCUUCAUGAGGUCCAAGCGAAGACGGACAAGAUCGCUCCUCUGGAGGAAAUGUGCGACGAGAUGAACGAAACACUUGAAACCAUCGAGCGUACCGUUCAUCGCCAGGAGCGUAAGACUGAUUCUGCGCGAGUCUCGCAUAACAGUCGUUUAUCGGCCCUGGAGAGCGCUGUCCUGCGUCUUGAGGAACGUCAGAGGCACCAGGUCCGUACCGUUGCUGCACAUACACAGGCCGCCAGGAAUGCCGUCAACGUCGCUCUUCCACCAUCUCUCUCUCAGUUUCUUGUCCUACUCUACAGCCAGCUUUCCCGAACGAUUCAUAACAUUAUCCAACAAUACCCGUUCCUAUUCCUAAAGCAGAUGUACACGAAAGACAUUAUGACACCUGUUCCGACCUCUCCUCCCAUAUCUCCUUCCGGCACGGUGCACCAUUUCAACGGCACGCCCCUGGAGACGAUACCCGAAGCCGCGGACUCAGACUCCGAAGGUACCUACGUUUCAGACAAAGAGAGCGCAUCUCAUAGUUCGCCUGGCGCAGGAGAGACGAGAAAGCGUGGCGGACGCAAGCUCAGCAGGAGCAGAAGCCGCAGUUAUAGUGGACCUCGUCCGCCUCUGAGGCGCAGGAACACCUACGGGCGCAUGGCGCUGGACUAUGCCGCCGCCCUCGUUUCCUGGCCGUACCAGUUCGCCGUGAAAGCCUUGUUGUUCAUUAUACCCGCGCCGAUUCAGAAACAUUUCUUGUGACUUUUAUGCACUCGUGUAUUCUAUUUAUUGGUGUUGGCUGUAUCACAAGCUUCGAAACGUGUAUCGACAUGCUACAAUAGCGUCUCCUGUUGGCCUUGUAUUCAGUACUUUACAGAUACUUUCAUGUCAAAUAAUUUAGGUGU